ACCAAAAUGAAAGACCGAGACAUACUUCGAAAUUAUUGCAAAAUAAUGUUUUACAUUGGUUCUGGCAACUGUUGGUACAAAGAAGAUGAAAUAGGUAAUGAUCGGAGCCUUCUCUAUAGAGCAUUUGGUGCCUCGUUGAUAUUCUUGUAUGGUGCUAUGACGAUACUCGAAAUUAUGGCUUUCACUAUCGGCAAUUUUCCCGUGGAAGAAAAACGCGAAUGUUUGAGCUUUGCCUCGAGUCAUGUAGUCGUAAUGUUGAAAAUAUUCUUGUUUAUUUUCAAUAAGCCACUGAUAAAGGGCUUGAAUCAUAAAAUUGUGAGUAUUUGCGAGGAUUAUGAUGACAGCGCGCUGAUGGCGAAGAAAUAUAAGACUAUGAAAAGGAAUGUUAUCAGUUACUUCGCGAUUGUUUAUGGGACGACCUUAUUUUAUAUUGCUGGAGGAUUAAGAAACAUGUUUAGGGGAUCGCAUUUUGUGACUGUAGUGACGUACUAUCCUUCUUUUGACGACAAUUCACCACUAGCUAAUUUUGUCAGAGUUUUAAAUACAAUAAUCCUAUCGAUGAUGAUGCUCACCAUGAUAAUAUCACUCGACUCGUGUAUAGUGAUGUACCUCAUCAUGUAUCGAUAUAAAUUCAUGACGCUAAGAAAAUAUUUCGAAAAUUUACGAGAAGAGUUCUUUGCCCUGAUCAACCGACAAGAAGUAGAGAUGGCAACAGAAAAAAUGGCAAACGGAUUGGUUGAAGGAAUAAAAAUGCAUAGCAGCCUUAUAAGGUUGAAACCCGAAAUCGACCAAGCAUUUGCCACUUUUAUGGCGUUGCAAGUUUUCGAAAGUUCUGGAGUGGCGGUCUGUCUCCUGCUUCAAAUUGCUCUAUCCGACGAACACGUUCCGCUGGUUGUGACAAUAAAAAUUGUGUUCUUUGUUUUCGCCCUAUUUUUUCUGCUUGGACUCUGUUUAUGCAAUGCUGGUGACAUUACUCAUGAGGCAUCAAAAUUAUCAAAUGCUAUAUUUUACUGUGGUUGGCAAUCGUGCCCACCGCGAUGCAAGUCCGCGCCCAAGCGCAACAUAAGGAAGCUGGUACUGCUAGCCAUCAUGCAAGCGCAGCGACCUCCAGUGAUGAAGGCCUUUAAGAUGCUAGAACUGAACUACGCGACCUUCAUACAGGUGGUGCGGACGACGUAUUCCGUUUUCGCUUUGUUUUAUGCACAGAAUAAAUAA